GUCAUUAAAGAGACAGGACUGGAUUGCCCGAGCUCGGCGUCAUUCAAUCAUUUCCUGAUUUCAAUCAGGCGGUCGCUACUUCGGUAGAAAAACGGCAACAUUGUUGUUAGCAGUUUGGUCCAACUGACGGCUCAGAUAAGUAACGUUAGGCUUGUUAAAGGCUUGUUUUUUUUGCAAUGGCAGAUGACAGGACGGCUUCCGGGGAACGCGCUUAGCUGAUGCAUCCUCAUCAAAUGCAGUCGAAUCUGAAAUCUGGCUGGCCCUCGACUUGCAACUCGGAAAAUAAUCACGGAAACUGGAAUAACACAAUGGACGCUCCUCAGUAUCCAGGCUACCCUUCACACUACUGGUAUCCCCAGUCUCAUUCCACAGGACACUAUGCAAAUACCUAUCCUUCGGGGUCAGAUGUUCAGCCACAGUACAAUCCACAGGUAAUGCCUGGAGGUUAUCCAAAUGGCCAUGGUGUCUACAGCCCAGCGCAGAGUCAAUAUUCAACAAGUGGUUUCCACCCAUCCAACCCUUUUUAUUGUGCUGACCCUCAGAGACCUGCUCCAGGUCCUUAUCCUAACCAGGGCUGUCCAGCAGAUCAGAGCAGUGGGCCUUCUGGGCAGCCACACUCUCAACACCAACAUCAUCACUAUCCAGGUCCACACUGUCAAGGGGGUCCUGGAUAUCCUCCUGGACCGUACCCUCACUACAGUGAAGGUGGUCAUGCAUUGCCUCCAAACCCCCCAUACCCCACUGGCCAGCCUCUCCACCCAAGCUCUCAGGCCGAUGCGUGGGCGCACUCGGGUGCAUAUGCCCCCUCACAGCAGCAAUGGCAGCCAGGCCAGCAACCUCCACAAAACCACUACGGAAAUCCUGCCCGUCCUCCGCAUCCUCCAGCAUGGCCAGGGACUGGAACUGGCGCUCCACCACCUUACCAACCCAAGGACCAACAGCACCAACGUGCCCCACAAGUGGGACCUAAACCUAGGCCAACGCCAUCCCUGAAUCCCCCCAGUGGAAAGCCUGCCGAAAUAAGUUCACCUCCCCAAAUGUACAACAAAACUGGGAGAGGUGAGCCUAAUCCUUUGCAAGGUGAGCCCCCGCCCUUGGCCCCGGCUCCAGCUCCAGGCCAGGCUGGACCUCAGCCCCUGAGCCAUAACCCCGGCCUAGCUAAAGUCCAACAGGUCAUGGCCAGAGUGCUACUACUUCAGGAAGAUGUUGAUGAGUUUGUUGGCAGAAAGACGGACAAGAGUUAUCGGUGUCUGGAGGAACUGCUGACCAAAGAGCUGCUGGAGCUGGACUCUGUGGAGACUCAGGGACAAGAGAACGUCCGGCAAGCUCGGAAGGAGGCUGUACAGAGGAUCCAGGCCAUUCUGGACCAGCUGGAGAAGAAAGCCUUCUGAACUGGACUUAUUUAUUGGUUUGUGGGUCACUAGGUCUUGCUGUUUUCUUCUUCCAGAUCUUCCAUGGACACAAUGAGGGGUCUAGUCUUGUUCCUAGGAGCUGUGUUAUCUGUAGGCUGUUUCCAUCCCAAUGAUAUAAAAUGUCUAAACUAAGCUGCACCGACCCAAGAACAAGAUAGAGCAAUUACUGGUACAUGGAAUCAACCUCUAAAGCCUAAUUAUGCUGGUAUAAGUGAUAUGAUGAUAUUCGAAGUGCAGACUGAUGGUUGUACAUAUCAUAAGUGACUUUUAGCCUCAGUGAGUGACUGACUGUGCUGGCUACACAACCUGACACUGUUGCUCAGCUUAUCUUUUAUGUCAUGCCUUUGCCAGCAUAAUGCAGGGCAGCGUCACUGGAAGAUGAAUUGAUUUAGUGCCACAUAAGAACUGUUAGUUGUCUCUAACCUGUGAUACAGAUUCAAAUUAUCGUCAUGCAGUCCCUGAGAAUUGUGGGUCCUACAUCUAACAACACAUGCACUUCGUUAGCUGUCUAUUACAUUUCACAGUCCAUUUUGCAUGAUCAUAAUCAUCACCCCGAUAGAGACCAUACACUUAGUUGCCGAUAGUCACUUCCGUGUCUCUGCAGGAAUAGGUGCAAUGCUUUCCUUUUCAAUUGUGCUCCCAGCCCCGCAUGCACUGUAAUGUCAGACAAGCACUCCAUACAGUCACGACAUCUCCAAGCUCAUAAUUGGGCUUAGAAAGUAGCAGAUUAGUGAAAACCCCCUAAAGAUUGCUGUCACCAUUAUUACAUCUUUUGGAUGAAAUUGCUUCCUAAGUGCGGACCUAGAAUCAGACCUAAUUAUGAAUGCCAUGUAUUUCACUCUAGGAACUGCUGUUAUUAUAGAUACAUGAGGACAAGUUUAAGAAUUACUUGAAAAGGUGUUAAAUUAUGUUCGAUCUAUCCCUUUUUGAACACUUAGGAAGAUAAAUAAAUAAAUAUAAAUUAAAAAAAAAAAAAAUAUAUAUAUAUAUAUAUAUAUAUAUACAUUUUCAGUAAUGUUUUGUGCUUAAGGGGGAUGGUCACAGCACCUGGAGUUUAAUUUAGACCUUUUUUUCUGUUUUCUCUAGCACUAAAAUCCUUGGUACAUCAAAUCCAGAUUUGCACCACAAUCCAUUUUCUUGUCUAGAGCAAGUCUUAGGGAAAAAAAGAGUGCCAUAUUUCAGGAGAUGGUUUAAAAUGAUUAGAAAAAUGAAUAAAAAUAAGAUCACAAGCUUUGCAUGGAAAAAACAAACAAACAUCUGUCAUAUGUGUUCAUUUUCCUGUGCUGGUAAGUUUCUGUUUAGAUGGAGCACAACUGUACAGUUUCAGAUGUAAUGCAUGUUUCCAACACGAGGUGGGAAUCUUUGCCUGAUAAAUAUUGAAAUUAUUACAAGUGAGAAAAUAGCAGAGAAAUAAUUAAAUGUCAGUAUAUUUUUCAA